AUGUUCGAGCACUUGCCGGUGCCGUAUGGGCUUGCGAGAUACGGUGUGGCACCAGAUCAUCCCGAAGUGAAGAAAUGUACGGAAACGCUUGAGGAUGUUGCAAGAACCUCUUCAUGUUUCAACUUUGUAGGUAAUACCCAAAUAGGCAGCGGCGACAACGAGCUGCCUAUGCACGCUCUGGUGCCGUACUUCGAUGCUGUUCUGUUUGCGUAUGGCGCUAGCAAGGACAAGAAGCUUGCCAUCCCGGGCGAGAAGCUCAAGGGUGUCCUGAGCGCGAGAGCGUUCGUAGGGUGGUACAAUGGUCUGCCCGAGCACGCUGAUCUCGAUCCUGACUUGGCAGCUGGCGACACUGCGGUCGUCAUUGGCCAAGGUAACGUCGCCCUGGAUGUAACGCGCAUCCUCGUUUCGCCGCUGGAGGAGCUGCGGAAAACUGACAUCUCCGAACAAGCCCUCGACGCUUUGUCGAGAAGCACAGUCAAUGACGUCAAAGUCAUUGGGCGGCGAGGCCCACUACAAGCACCGUAUACCAUCAGAGAACUGCGUGAGUUGAUGCAUCUGCCUGGGGUGGGCUUCAAGUCCCCGCCAGAAAGCUGGGACGAUUUGAUUGGGGUGGAGCGGAAGAGGCUGCCACGACAGCUGAAAAGAAUCGCGGAACUCCUAGAGAAAGGCGGCCAAACGCCGCUAGAGGCUGCAAGCAAAGCGUGGCAGUUGGGCUAUCUGCGGUCACCAGCAGCGUUCCUCUCCGCAAGCAAUGACCGUCUGGAAGCGGUCGGCUUCGAGCAGACGGAGUAUGUUGAGUCUGCGCAAGACGUUUUAACAGGUAACCCGCAAGAAGAUCUCAAUGCCCUCCGAGCCCUGCGCGUGCAACCAAGCGGCAAGAAGUCACUGGUCCAUGCCACUCAUGCCUUCCGCUCCGUAGGCUACCUGUCCGAGCCGCUUGCCGGCAUGUCAGAUAUCGGCGUGCCGUUCGACCGGAAGCUUGGAAUCAUACCAAAUGAUCGAUGGGGUCGUGUGAUGAAUCCUACAGAAGGGCCGGCGGGGCCUUUGACCGCUGGGCAUGUGCCAGGCAUGUAUUGUGCAGGAUGGGUCAAGCGAGGUCCAACUGGAGUGAUAGCCAGUACGAUGGACGAUGCCUUCAUUACCGCCGAUAUCAUCGCCAAGGACUGGGAGGAGGGAACAAAAUUCAUUGAAGGUGACGGCGAGAAGGGCGGCUGGGAUGCGCUAAAGCAUGAAGUGGAGAGAAGAGGCAUCCGAAGUGUGAGCUGGGCGGAUUGGGAGAAGAUUGAUGCCGAAGAGAGAAGGCGAGGAGAAGCAAAGGGCAAAGUAAGAGAGAAGAUCACACGAGUGAACGAAAUGUUGAGAGUGCUCGACGGCUAA